AGAAUAUUUGUGUGUUUAAUUGUGGAUAAUUUUAUUUUGGAAUGCAAGAAGUCUCUCUUUUUUCUGGAAUUAGUGUUGAUAAAAGGGAGAAAGUGGUUCGAUUACUUGAACAGCUUACAGGUAGAAAGCCUCAUGAAUUUAAGGAGUGGCAUUUGGUGUAUGCACCGCCAGCAUCUUCAGAUUCAGAUUCUACAUUUUUAGCACGACCUGAUCUGUAUCUUCGACUUAGUGCAUCCUUGACCAAUAAUUGUAAUGUUAACAAUCAUAUAAAUAAUGAUUUUAUUUCGACGUCUAAUAAUACGUCUACGUCUAAUAAUACGUCUAAUACUUUGACACAAUUUUUCUCAUAUGAUUGGAAGAUAUCACUUGUUGAUGUACCCGAUAUGGGUAUAAAACGUCCUGUAACAUCUCGAUUAUACCUUCAAUCGCAUGUUUUAUCUGGUAAUGUGUUUACAUUUCUUCAAGAACUUGAUUAUGUGUUUCAUUUUGAAUAUGUUAUGCAAGGUGUACAAUUUAUAUAUGGAAAUUGUAUAUUAAUUUUGUUUCAAACAUUACGUCCUUUAGAGAAACAUUUAUUGGAAGAUUUGGUACAGGUAGAUGUUUCCGGUGGAUGGAUACUUCAGGCAUCAGUUUAUGUAGAAGAUGCAAGUGAUCAGACACUUAUGACUCAAGCGACGGAUAAAUUGGCUCAAAUACGUAAGAUUUUGAAUGGUAUAUGUCAUCUUGAGCCAGUAACCGAUAAUCGAUUAAGAUGAGUAUAAUUUUAUAAUAAAAUAGCGAUUGAGUUUUGUUUUUUUUUUC